AUGUCGGGCCCAAUAACAGUAGCAGAAUAUAUGAAAACAUCAGUUUCUGCACCACUUGUGGGAUAUUAUGGACAGUUUUCUGACGAUCAGAAGGUUUUUGGCGAGAAGGGAGACUUCAUUACUUCACCGGAACUGUCACAGGUGUUUCAUGAACUAGCGAAUACUGGACAUAAAGGAUCGUGGCAACUGGUUGAACUUGGACCCGGCAGAGCACAACUGAUGAAUGAUGUUUUGAAUGCUUUAUCAAAGUUUCAUGAUAAAGAUGUGUCAGUUCACUUGGUAGAAACAUCGGACGCUUUGAUUGACGAACAAGAAAAAGCUCUAUGCAUUUACAAGUCUAACAAUACUAAAGACACUCCCCAUGUUAGAAAGAACAAAUCUAGAACUGGAGUCAAUGUUUACUGGUACAAGGCGAUCGAUGAUAUUCCUGAUGGAUUCACUGUUUUCAUCGCUAACGAGUUUCUCGACGCUCUUCCUGUUCACCAGUUUCAAAAAACUGGGGACACGUGGAAUGAAAUUUACAUCAAUCUCACAAAAGACGAUAAUUUGUGCUUUAUGAAGUCAAAAGGAGAAAAUCUGAACACGAAAGGUCUCAUUCCAACUGCGAUCCGCAGCGAUAGUAAACGUGUGACAUGGGAAUGCUCUCCAGAAUCUGGGACUGUUGUCAAUCAAAUUGUAGAUAGAAUCACCAUGUUCGGCGGCUUUUCACUUCUAGUAGAUUACGGACAUGAUGGAACGAGAAAUACUCAUUCCUUCCGAGCGUACAAAAACCAUAAACAAGUAGACCCUCUGGCGAAUCCCGGAAUGGUUGAUUUGACUGCAGAUGUAGAUUUCGGUUACUUAUCCUCGUUGGUCAAAGAUAGAGUGCUUGUAUAUGGUGCUAAAGAACAGAGAGAAUUCCUCACCCAACUGGGAAUUGAGCAUCGACUUCGGAGGCUCUUACAGAUUUGUAAAGACAGAGAGCAGCAGGAACAACUUAUCAAAUCAUACAAUAUGCUAAUUGGAGAUAUGGGAGAGAAAUUCAAAGCGUGGGCACUGUUCCCGAACACUUUGAAGUUUAUCCUAGAGCAGAGAGGUGGUCCAGUUGGAUUUUCAUCGAAAGAGAAAACACCAAAUGAAUAG